AUGGGACAGCAGAAUGACUACAGCUCUGUGCCAUGGGCCUCUGAGGUCUGCUCCCAUUUGGAUUUCAAAGAAGUCCUGGGGGUACCAAAGGAUGGGACCCGCUCUACCCCCAAAGCUGAUUUCACCCUUAAGAAGCUAGAGGGAACCACCCAGCUGGGCAAUGCCUCAUCCUCUGCCAACGAUGAGAACGGCACCCAAGCCCCCUCUCCUCGGAACUUCACCUUCUCGUCCUACUACCAGCACUCCUGGCCGGUGGCCACCAUGUUCAUCUUGGCCUACAUCUUCAUUUUCCUCAUGUGCCUGGUGGGAAACAGCCUGGUCUGCUUUAUUGUGGUGAAGAAUCGGCAGAUGAGGACGGUCACCAACAUGUUCAUCCUGAACCUGGCCGUCAGUGACUUGCUGGUGGGCAUCUUCUGCAUGCCCACAACCCUUGUGGACAACCUGAUCACAGGUUGGCCAUUUGAUAACAUCACGUGCAAGAUAAGUGGUCUGGUCCAAGGCAUGUCGGUCUCAGCUUCAGUCUUCACUCUAGUGGCUAUCGCUGUGGAAAGGUUCCGCUGCAUCGUCCAUCCCUUCCGCCAGAAGCUGACCCCAAGGAAGGCCCUGGUCACCAUCACCAUCAUCUGGGUCCUGGCGCUGACCAUCAUGUGCCCAUCUGCCAUCACCCUGACCGUCACUCAGGAGGAGCACCACUUCAUGGUGGAUGCCCAGAAUCGCUCGUACCCGCUCUUCUCCUGCUGGGAGGCCUGGCCUGAGAAGGACAUGCGGAAGAUCUACACCACGGUCCUCUUCUCCCACAUCUACGUGGCCCCCCUGCUCCUCCUCCUCAUCAUGUACACCCGCAUCGCUUUCAAGCUCUUUAAGUCCCGAGACCCCCAUGCAGACGAGGCCGCCGUGGAGAGGCAGCACGUGUCCCGGCGGAAGGCCAAGGUUGUGCACAUGCUCAUCAUCGUGGCGCUGUUCUUCACUCUGUCCUGGCUCCCUCUGUGGUGUCUGCUGCUCCUCACUGACUACGGCCACCUCAGCGAGCAGCAGCUGCACCUGGUCAGCGUCUACAUCUUCCCCUUCGCUCACUGGCUAGCCUUCUUCAACAGCAGUGCCAACCCCAUCAUCUACGGCUACUUCAAUAGGAAUUUCCGCAGAGGCUUCCAAGCCGUCUUUCAGACCCAGCUUUGCUCCCUCAAGUGGGGAAAUCACAGGGAGACCUACACUGAGAGACCGGCUGGACUCUUGGCUGGCUGCCCACGCAACCGAAUUUUUGUGGAGGUGCAGCCCAGUGAUUCAGCCUUGCCCACCGAGUCAGGGCAGAGUGGUGACGUGCAGAGGAUGGGACACUUCCCCCUGCGGAAUGGUUGGAUGGCCCAUCACCAGCUGGCAAAGGAGGACCUGCGGGAUCAAGGCUGUUCCCAUGUACCCCUCAGUAUUCCAGCUUGGGAUGUCUAA